AUGGAGAGCAUGAUACCUCUGUCCUUGCCCGCGGGGCUGCAGCUGGGCAUCUGGACGCUGCUCGACCGGAAGAGCCUGUGCAACGCUAGCCUCGUGUGCCGCGCCUGGCACGCCCUCUCGUCCGACAACCACCUCUGGAAGGAGAUGUGCCGCAGAGAGAUCACGGAAGUGGAGUGGACGCCGCGCGCCCUCGCCCGCAACCACAAGUCGUGGAAGCGCCACUUCGGCGUGCGCCUGCGCGCCGUGGAUCCACUUCGUGCCGGUCUGCACCGUGUGGUGCCACAGCUGCUUGACGACGCCCGCCAUCACGGAGCGACCACGGAUACGGUGGCGCUGUCCAUCCAACUGUACUACGACCCUUCUGAAAAGCGCACCAUCAAGGCUAUUUUGCCGCAUGCCGUCAGGCACAUGGAGUCGUCGUCGUCCAGGGCAACCAUCGGUGUGAUCGGCCCCAGUCAAUGUCUGCUGCUGCGCGAGCAAGCGAAGGAGUUGGGCGUGGACUUCUUUGACCUCGACCACCUCAGAGCCUUCAACAAGAACUGGAAGCAGAUCAAAAAGUGGGCACUGCGGUAUGAGCGUUUCUACGCGCAUGGUGACGUCAUCCGCUACCUCCCGCGGAUCCUGGGGUCUCGUGUCUCCUACAUUGGCAGGUUCCCCAAGUUGUUGCCCACCGAGAUGCCACUGGCGCAGGUGCUCGACGAACAUCGUCGCACUUCAGUCGCGCGCUUCCGCCUGGGCCAUGCGGACAUGCGGGUCGAGCAGCUCCGCCAAAACGUCGAGGCCUUCGUGGCCGCGCUCGCCGCAAAGCUGCCGUCGUGGGACGGAGCGGGCAGCAUCCAGCUGCACGCCACGAGGGGACCAUCCUUCGCCGUCUACGUCACCCACCACCACCGACAGGCCUGUGUUUCGACUGACGAGCCAUUUUUUUGA